AUGGAAACGGCUACUCCUACAGAACGCCUCUCGUCUACAGACAUGCCGUUUUCGACUUGCACAAAAGCACAUGCCGCCACCGGCAGAGAUGCCGAAGAGGUGGAGAAGCUUCUGGAGAUUUUACAGCGGUUCCAAUCGAAAGUGGAGCCAGACUCUGACGCGUCCCCCUCGUUAGAAGAGAAGAGUGCUCUAGCGUUUUUGCACCGGCGCAUCGCCAAGAAAUACACUUCAGCGCGUCGCUUUGUAGAAGCGAUUACACACCAUGAAGCAGCUAUUCAGAUCCUACGGCACCACAUCCUUCCAACAUCCGCCUCCUACCAUGGUUCGUCGGAUGCUAGGAAAAAGGCAGAUAAACGAAACACGAAAAGGAGAGGGUCUUCCCGGGACACCGACGCAGCCCUAGCCAGAACAGGUCACGGAGGCAAUGCACCGAAUGGUGACGAAGAAUCGGGCUCCUCGACAUCAUCAUCCUCUUCAAAUUCGUCUUCUUCCCCUUCACCCCCAUCUUCUCCUAGCAGCGCAGAGACUCCUUCCUCUCGUUCCCCGUCGCCCUCAUUGGAUCGAGCGAACAACCGAAAAAAAGAAGAUUACCAUCACCGGCAUGUCAUGCUGCUCGCAGCUGGUCUUCACGACCUCGCGCAGAUUCAUAGUUUCCUUGAAGAUUUUCAGACGGCCGAACAACAGCUGAAAGAGGCGGUGCACAUCGUAGAAGGGACUGAAAAGGCAGAAGAGCGGGUGAAGCAGUAUUUUCAAGAGGUCUUUAGUCGAUUAAAACAAAGACAGCAGAAGCACAUGGCACGGCGUGCAACAACAUCGCAGGCGGAUCCGGGAGGCAGAAAAGAAGGGGAAGCGAACAGGGCGGCGAAAGACCCAGAAACGUCUCAUCAAACAACGCGUACAUGGCCGUUGCGUUUGACGCAAAAUAGCCACGUAGUAAGCGACAUCGAAGAAAAACAAACAUACACGAAACCGAAGGCUCCUAGAAACAGCGGAGGGUCCCGGUGUUCUUUCGAUGAUCCACAUCUAAACAUCCUUGUCCUGCAAAUGGUAUUGUAUUGA